GGUGCUAGUCUGCUUCUCUUAGUGGGAAACUCAAUCGUCUCUCAACUUUUCGGGUCGUUCAUCCACCACCUCCCCUCCUCCUUGCUUCCUACCAUCCGCCGCCUGCCAAGCGCCUAGAUUUGCUACCCUUUAAAAGACUCGACUUCCCCUCAUUUCUCCUCCGCUCUCCAUCGCCAUUCUUUCACUUCUCCCCUCCCCUCCCGUUUACCGAUAGUAAUUUUAAUUCCUUCAACCCUUCACAACCAAGCAACAAUUUGCAGCUGGGCUGUCGCACCAAUUUGGAUUAUCUUCUAUCUCAGAAUUUGUCGGUAUACAACUUGCAAGUACAACUUACAAGUACAACUUACACCUUGCAGCUCGCCUCCCACAACUUGCAACGCAACUCUCGCCUCUCGCCUCUCGCCUCUCACCUCUCACCCCUCACAACACACAUAACCUGGCAUUGAUUUUGGCUCCAAAUGUCCUCUCCUUUUCCCAACAACAGACCCGCUCGGACUGUUCAAGUUGAACCUCCACAAGAUAGAGUGAUAAGCCAUCGUCCAGCCGGCACACUUCAUUUGACAGGUUUGCCGCAUCCUCUAGAUCUUCCGGCUCGCUCCGAAUCUGCCCCCAAUACAACAGCCUCAUAUGCUCCAGCAAGCACUUCGGCACCUUUGAACUCGAUUCCUGCCACUAUGGCAGCCUAUGCAACAGGGAACGGAUCGCAGUAUCCUGGCUAUCGCCCUCAAGCUUCUCCAAACAACUCCAUGUCGCAACAUACACCAACAAGUGGCAGCUCAGGUUAUACCUCCCGCCCAGCGAAUUCAGAGACCCCCCUAACAUAUGCAUCGAACAAUGAAUUGCAAUAUCACCAGAAUGGUCCCCAAGCUGUUUCUGAGAACCGCACAUCGCACGAUACAAACCGUGCCCAUCAAUCACCUCGUACAGGCUACUUCCCCCACAAUGUUCCAGACCAUCGCGCCCCGCAUCACACAAACUCCCAAGGCCACUACCCUGCAAUUGAACCGUCUAGCUCAUACAGUGAAGCACAACGUUGGGACUCAAGUGCUCGUCCAUCUGCCUACCAAGAAACCUAUCGUCCCCAUCCAAACAAUGCAUCGUACUCUUCGGGACGUUAUCAGGAGCCUGCUCAAGAUGGCAGACCCAUGCCGACAGGACACGAUGCGCCUCCCCCCCGUUCUUACAAUGAUGGUAGAGAAUAUUCGCAACAACAACCUCCUCACCAUUCUCAUCAUGAUAGCAGAGGCCACCCACAACCGCAACCUUCUCCUUUAACUCGCCAUCAGUCUUAUAAUGAUGAGAGAGUCUAUGCGCAACAGCAACUCCCUCAUCCACCUCAACAUGUUUAUCAUGAUGUUAGAGGCCACCCACAACCACAACACCCUCAUCCCCCUCAGCAUGUUUACCAUGAUGUUAGAGGCCACCCACAACCACAACACCCUCAUCCCCCUCAGCAUGUUUACCAUGAUGGUAGAGUCUAUGCGCAAGAUCAACCUCCUCAUCCAGCUCAACAUGUUUAUCAUGAUAGUAGAGUCUAUACGCAAGAUCAACCUCCUCAUCCAGCUCAACAUGUUUAUCAUGAUAGUAGAGUCUAUACGCAAGAUCAACCUCCUGCUGCACAGCCGAAUCACAGGCAGAGUGCUCCUAGACAAAGAACCGCAAUCGCAUGCAAGUAUUGCAGAAGACGCAAGAUUCGUUGCUCGGGUUUCACUGCUGAUGGCUCCGGAGGACAGUGUACUAAUUGUGCCCGCUUCAAACAGGAGUGUGUUUUCACUCCUGUAUCCUCAGCACAGGCAUUUGUACCUCUUAUUGCCCUGACUGAAGCGCUUCAGAAUGGCAGAAAUGUGGUUCCGAAUGUUUAUGGUGCUCACGGUCAACGACUCCCAAAUGACCCUAUGAACCCAAAUCCUUCAGAACCGUACCCAGGAUAUCAUCCACAGCAAGUCACGUCCGGGCCACAAAUGACACACAAUCAUCAGCCAAUGCCCCAACAUAUGCAACAGCCAAUUCACCAUGCAUCUCUUCCACCUAUGAACAGAUCGCCUCGCGAUCGGGAUACCUUGCCCUCUCCGACAGGCUCAUUGGAUUCUCAAAAGCGUAAACGCGAAGCUGAUGAGCGCCACUUUGCCAGAGCGGCGCCAUCUGCCCCUGGUCAAUUCUCCGACUAUAGCCGAGAGGCCAAUGCUCCGUACCGUAUACCAGGUCUUCAAGACUCGUACCAUUAUACUCCCCCAGUUCCAUCCCCUCCGAGACGCCAAAUUAGACAUCAACAGGGAGAGAACUUUGCGCUCCGCCUGCCAGCAUUGCAAGAUGGACAACAAUAUCGUUCAUCAGUUCCAUCGCCUCCUUCCAGUCAACAACAUGGACAUCCAGGGGAGAACGCUCUAGCAUAUCGACCUAAUGAAGAUAGCCGACAGUCGACCCAAUGGGCUUCUGUAAAUUCAAAUGAAGCACCACGAAACUUGCCCUCUCCCAACGGUUCAUCGUCAUCUUUUCACUCCCAGAAUCCAAGCGGCAAUCACCAACCUAGUCAAUUGUCUCCAUAUCGAGCCGAGCCUCUUCAAUUUCCUCUAGCAUCCCCUACUAGAACCAACUCUGGAGGCGGAAAUCAUGAUCAAGUGGCAAGAGAAACUGAACGUCCUAAUCAGAUGAACAUUGCAAAUAUUGUGGAACGCGAUAACAAGGAUGUUGACCGAGAUAUGCUCAAUCGCUUGGGCAAUAGAUCCUAAAGAUCUGUAUCUGAAUCUCUGGAAGUUUCACACAUUAGUAAUUUCUCUUCAUGGAAUUCUUCUUAUCUGGAGGUUGCCUUGUAGUGCACCGGAGACACUUUAUUGCUAGAUCCAGCUGGCUGGUCAUUAUUGUAUAUUGAUUUGAACAUUCUGUUUUUAGACAGUAUUCUCGAGACUGGAAUAUAUUCUUAUCUGCUUAUUAUUACCUAUUUUCAUCAGGACUUGUCCUAGAACUUGGAGCACCAGUUGAUGCAUAGACUGACGGGACACUUCUCCACCAUUGAAUUUUUUAACAAAUUCAUUAUUCUUACAGUGUGCUGUCAGUCCGUACAAUCACUGGUGGUGUGUUUUUAUCUUUUUUUUACUUUAUUUUCUUGACAAUUACAUUUAUUUUUCUUUCACAUUUUCAAUCGCCCACAAUAUAAUAGUGCUCUCAGCUUUGGAAACAAUGCAAAUAACGGAGGCUAUGGCAAUCUUUUAUGAAAUCAAAGAGAGAACGAACAAAAUCCUCAUAUCAGUGAGGGUCUUUAUCUGGGAAUCGGAGUUGGUUGCCGGUUUCGAAAAUACAUAGAAAGGGAUAGGCUUGCCUCACGGCAUCAUUGUUUUUCAGGUGUUAUCUCGGAUGAUUUUUUGUUUGGGGAUUCCCAGGGUGGUGGACUCUUUUAGGAGGCAUGGAUGGGGUGGUGCUCUGGGUAGGAGGCUUUUUGGAUGUUAUGUUUUUGUUUUCGCACACAUUGUCUGAUUUUUUUUUUCAUAUUUCGAAACCUCUAAACUUUGGAUCUUCUUCUUGGGUAUAGGGACAGCGUAUGAAUGGUUCACCACAAAGGGCCUCCCCCUUGGUUGUUUUGAGUCUUGUAUACAUAAAAAGAAUACGAGAGAUCUUCAUCAAGUCUCAUGGAUUGGAGAGGUUUAUCUUGGUGUAUCGAGUUUCUCAUGGGUUGGAGCUUGUAUAAGCUUAUAGCGCUGCUACUACAUGAAUGAUUAGGGUUGUGGAUUGAAUUCUUUUGGAUGGGGGUCCAGAUGGAUUUAUGAUACGAACUAUCGGACAUGGUAGCCAGCGACUUGUUGAUAUCAUCUGUAAAGAUGGAGCAUAAAUGAAAUACGUUGUUUCUAGUCAACUUUAUAAAAAAAAAAAAAAAUAAAAAAAAAAUUGAAAAAAAUUAAAUGAAGUCUUGUGGUCA